AUGAUUCGAAAAGCAGCACCCAAGUUUCCAGGACUUGAUGGAAUACCACGCUGGAAAAAUCAAAGCAAGGACAUCACGACAAUAUGGUGGAAGGUGAUUGUUGUGCGCACAGUCCUCACGACCUUGACUCGAGAAGGCGUCGUCAUGGCAUACGUGCUUUUCCCUCCGCUGGGUAGCCAGAUGCCCCCCGAGGCCUUUCGUUGUGAUCGCGUCAGACGUCUCAUUCAAGACAACAUUUUUAUGCAUGAUGGGACACUGACCAUCCAUGCGAAGUUCCAAAACCCCUUCAUCCUCUACCUCGUCGGGAAACUGAUCUGGAAUACGCGCUUCCGACUAGACAAAUUAUUCACGAUGCCGCACAAACAGCUGCACUAUGCGAUGGGAUUAGCUGGCACCAUCACAAAAUGUGCACUGUUGGAACAGGGACAUGAGACGCUCAGUGCCACACCUAGGUUAUUUCCAGGGGCAAACUCCACUGUAUUUGAGGCUAUCUGCGCAGACAUGGAUAGCCUCAGCGACGAGGAGAAAGCUGACUUGAACCAAUGGAAGGAUCACAUAGUCGUUUGUGGGGUCUCUCAGCAGCGUGUUAGAGUUGAGCUGUCAGAUUUCGACCUACUAGUAGACCCAGACUUGGACGCAGACUCGGAUAUCGCCGAUGACAUAUAA